CGAGUGGCUGGAACCGAGACGGUGUGGUCUGAGAUUUCUUAUCACCCCUUGGUUUAGUUGUUUGGGUCCUCGAGGAUUAUGGCUUCGCAUCGCGCUUCGACGACGCCACAUGUCACCCAUAUGCAUCAGCAGGGCAGGCGGCGCUCUAGGCGGAGCAUUAGCUCUUGGCCGCCACUCCGGAAAGCGAGGCCAAGCAGUGCCGUAGGCUGCUAUAUUUGAGCAAGCCUGUCACACUUCGUUCAUCACCCAUUUAUAUCAGCAACAUCUUCCCCUUUCAAUCAGGCCUCUAGCAUCGUGCAUCUGCGACUCAUUUCCUUCGCCUUCAACUUUGUUCAUUCUAAUCGACACCAUGAGGACCUCCAUCAAGUUUCUGAUCGUCGCGAUUCUGGCCGUCCUCCUCGUCUCUGCUGCGCUCCCUACUAUGGCGCGUUGCUCAGGAAAGCUGAGGAAGAUAGUGAAGACCGACUCAUGCUCGGGCCUCAUUCUCCAGUUCUACAAAAAGCAGGCUCAGCUGUUCCAGAAGUACAAUGGCUACAAGUGUACUGAGCCUCUCAAGGUUGGCUCCACACUCUGUCUCCCAAAAUAGUAUGGAGGGACUUAGGGAUGGUGCCAAGGGGCCGUGCCUUGAGCAAUAACUGCAAACGCAGAAUGGUCCCCUGCUUUUACUAUUGUAAAUGUUGGAAAUACAGCCCAAUAGUAAAUUGAAUAGAACACA